UUACAGGAAUUUUCUCAAUUGACCAAAGAACUGGCGGCGGCGCGAGAGAGCAUCUUGGAAAGAGAAGAGGAAAUUUCCGAAUUAAAAGCGGAGCGAAACAACACACGUCUCUUACUGGAACAUCUAGAGUGUUUAGUAUCGCGACAUGAACGAUCACUUAGGAUGACGGUUGUGAAACGUCAAGCCGCUGCGCAAUCUGGUGUAUCGUCUGAGGUGGAAGUUCUCAAAGCUUUGAAAAGCCUUUUCGAGCAUCACAAGGCUUUGGAUGAAAAGGUACGUGAGCGUUUACGCGUGGCCCUUGAAAGAAAUACAAGUCUCGAGGAGGAACUAGCCCAUACCAAAGAGGAAUUCCAGCAAUAUAAAAUAAGUGGACAUCCAAAAGCAUUAGACGAUAGACCAAAAGAGAAUGGACAGGCAGACGAAGGUCAGCAACAGAAUAAGAAUGAGACUGAGCAGGCAGCAAGCCAGCCGCAGCAGCAGCAAUACCAGCAACAUCAGUUGCAGCAGCAGCAGCAGCAGCAGCAACAACAACAACAAUCGGUACAAAAACCAGGUACAGAGAAGUCCACUGAAGUUGGCAGUAGAUUGAGCAAUGGGAGUCUCGAUCCAACUGAGCAGGACUCAGCAGUACGAGUAAUAGAUUUGCAAGCUACUCUCGACAAGCAGAGUUCAGAAUUAAAUACGUGGCAACGACGAGUAGCGGAACUAAGCGGACGCGUCGCCGAGUUAGAGGAAACACUAUCCAAAACACAAAAAGAUCUUUUGAAGGCACAAGAGGCAAGUCUUAAAUUGCAAAGAGAUUUACGAGAGAAUGCGGCACAAAAAGAGGACCAAGAAGAACGAAUAGCAACUUUAGAAAAACGAUACCUCAAUGCUCAACGAGAAUCUACUAGUCUUCAUGAUCUCAAUGAGAAACUGGAGCAGGAGUUGCAGCAUAAGAAAGCUCAAUUAAAGCUCCAAGAGGAAAAAAUUGCUGCUAUACAAGAAAAACUAGAACUCGCGGAACAAAAAUUAGCUCAAUAUGCUAAGUUACCAGAAAUGGAAGAGCAAUUAAAGCAGAGGAUGGAGGCUCUGACGCAGGUGAGGAGGCCCAACCAGCAGGCUCAGGAAAGGCAUGGUAGCGCGGAGGAUAGAAUUCAAAGACUGGAAACACAAUUAGAAGAAAAGAAUGCAGAAGUGAUGCGUGUUAAUCAACGAUUAAAAAUGAACGAGGAACAUAAUACACGUCUUAGUACAACUGUUGAUAAACUUUUAUCUGAAUCCAAUGAAAGAUUACAAGUGCAUUUAAAAGAAAGAAUGCACGCGUUAGAAGAAAAAAAUGCACUUACUCAGGAACUCGAAAAAACAAGAAAAGUGGCGGAAGAUCUACAAAAUGAAAAGGCUGACAUUGUUAAAGAAUUGGGUAAAGCACGUCUGGAAAUCGAUAAUGUUAAAAGACAGAUGCUCCAACAAGAAAUUGCAUUUAAUAUUCAGCAAACAGAUGCAUUAACGAGAAGUUUGUCGCCAAAUACCGUAGAUCCAGGCUCCUUUUCGAGAAGUGCAAGUCACAGCAGUUUCGACACACACUCAUUGCCUAGAAGAGGAGGUAAACGAUCUAUCGAAGACGAUUCAUCGAAGAAUUAUGUUGCACGGACUUUAGCGGAGCAAGAAUGGGAAAAGUUGCAACAAGCGCAUGUGCUUGCCAAUGUCCAACAAGCAUUUGAUGUUUCGAGUGACGCGGAAGGUGAUGGAGAUAACGAAAGUAUCUUCAGUUGUGCAGCGGACGUAAUCAGCCCCACUGGACAUACAGACGCCCAAACAUUAGCAUUGAUGUUACAAGAACAAUUAGAUGCUAUUAAUAAGGAAAUUAGAUUAAUUCAAGAAGAAAAGCAGAGUACGGAAGCACGUGCGGAGGAACUGGAAUCUCGCGUUGGCAGCCUCGAACAUAUGAAUCUAUUAGCGAGGGGACGAAGUCUCGAGCGAGCAUCGCCGCCGCUGAGUGGCCGAUCCACACCAAAAUCGCAUCAUAGUCCAAAUAGGGAUUAUUUACAUAAGUACCACACCGCACCUGCGUCAAUGUCUCCGGCGCAUUUACAUCAAUAUGCUGCUUCCUUAGCUAGUCCCGGCCAACUAUCAGAAUCUCUUCCUGCUAGCCAGUUGCAGUUGUCGGGAGAGGAACUGCAUUCGGUUAGUGAAAGAGAUAAUGGUGGUGCAGGAAGCGGUGGAAGCGAUGCGGCAUCUCCUUUAACAGCCAGGUCCCUGAGAUUGGAACGAGUCGUUCAAGCAUUGGCCCAUAGUCAGGAAGAACUUAGAAGACGUACUGGACAGAGUGGAUUUCCGAGUGGUGGUUUCCCCACGCACAGGUUAAUUAAUGAUAUUAGUACUGCAUGUAAAUCGUAUUAUAUGCCGCUGUGCACGUCACAUUUGAAUGGCUCUUGUGGGCAUGAGAUGAAUAAUUUUCAAGUCAGCUCAGAAUAG